AUGAACAACAGCCACAAGUGGACGAGGUGGCUCUUGAUAGGCCUGAUUGUUCUUUCGAAUUACUCGUACAGUGGAAGUCCCUUGGCCAAGCAUCUGAGAUUGCGCCCCCUGAAGUCCGCAGAGCUUCGGGAACUGGAAAACUCUCUGCCCAAGGGUCGAUCCGUGUCCAGCGGCUUUGCUGCCGUCACUGGUUUUGCCCUGGGCUUGGGAAAAGCCCUGACUGGGGUCUUCAUCUACGACGUCAUUACUGCCAAUAUAACCGAGCCCGAGGAGAGCAAUGUUUCAGCCAACAGCGGCUCGGUUAGGGAGAUCUGCUUUGAUGAUGGCAAUUCUAACUCAGAUGUAACCUGCCUUGUUUACUAUUCAAAUAAUUGA